AUGUCAAAACAAUUGCGGCGCGAGAAGCGCGCAAAACGCCGCAUUCAUGAGGCAUUCAAUGCAGUGAUCGCUGGAAGCUCUCGCCGGGAUGGCGCAAAAAUAGCACGGCUCCCAGUCUCUACGUUCCAGUACCAGUUUCAGAAACACAUAACAUCUGAAAGCAUGUCACAAAAACCGAAGUUUGACGCUCGAAACGCCCUGACAGAGAAGGAAGAGACUUCCAUCGUUGAGCUGGUAAAAAGAUAUGCGUCACAAGCCCGACCGCUCACGCGUUCCGAUGUUGCCGAUGCCGUAGAAAUCAUUGUCAAACACAUGACCCCCGAGCGCCGCGAAAAAGUGCCGUUCAUUGCUGAUCGUCCAGGGAAGAAAUUCAUAAGGAACUUCGAGACUCGUCAUCAAAGUGUGAUCAAAAUUGGCAAGGCUUCACGUCAAGACGCCUUGCGAUACCGAGCCACAAACGCACAGAACCUCACCACUCACUUUGCAGAAUUGGAAAGUAUAAUCAAAACCUUUCAUAUUGAUAGUUCAAGGAUAUGUAAUAUCGACGAAACCGGAUAUUCUCCCAACCGAGAUGCCAGCGGGCGUAUGCGGACAAAACCUUACUGUACUAAGGGUGUGGUUUCCCAAUACAGAGCUGCGUUCUUCAAGAAUGUUCAUCGUGUAACUUUGCUGCCUGCUAUUUUUGCGUGCGGAAGUGUGGGUACCCCAACCUUCGUGGUUCAGGGCGCAUCUGUGGCCUACCGAGUCAUAAAUGUCGAUGGCGCUGAACUGCUAGAAUCCUUUGCUGACUGUCUUCCUCCUCAUGUGAACAUCACGACUAGACGGGAGUUGGCGGGCGUUGACAAGUUUAUUUUUGAGCGAUGGGCCAAGGCAUUCGUUCAAUAUUGUCUUCCUUUGAGAGCCAACGCUCGAAAGGUACUUCUCGUUUAUGACGGGUACCGCAGUCAUAUGGGACUCAAAAUAUUCGAAAUUGUAAGGGAGGGAAAUAUUAUUGCCUAUGCUCUGCCCGCUCACACGAGUGGGACAACGCAGCCUUUAGAUCUGCAUGUGUUUCGUUCUUCCAAAGAAAAUCUAAAUACGAAGAUUGCGCAAACAGGAAUGCAUGUUGUGAACAUGGAGUUGGAUACAUUUGACUUUUUAAGACUAAUAACCGCCCCAUACGCUACGUCAUUUACACGUGACAAUGUGCUGAAAAGCUUUGCCGCCUCUGGCAUCAGCCCGUUCAAUCCUUUGGCUGUUUUAAAUGUCCCGCGUCCAUUUUCGGAGGCAUAA